UGGUUCGAUGAGGUGUACAACCUGUACAACCGCCUUAAUAACAAAAACAAAUGAAAAGGUCUGGUCGCGAUAAACUUGAUAAACAAACAAUAAAAGAAAAUGUAUAUUAAAACUAAUAAGCCUGGCUUUAAAGGGAGUAAUUUUUUUAUUUCCACUUUUUAUGGAGAAAAAAAAUGUUUUGUUUGGAAAGGAAAUGAAUUGAUUGUAUUUGCCUACAAUGAAGAUAAUGAGCCUGAUAGCACGUUACCUUUAAGUGUCAUAACAGUACCUGGUGAGAUAAAAGAUAUUCAAAAUUUUGAUGAUCGUGUUUUCAUGAUUUGUAAACCUUGUGGGAUUUAUAAAUUAACGGAAAAAUUACAAUUUGCAAAUUUAAGUCGAAGCGGUAUUGGAUUAGGAUGUGAAUUUUCAAAUGUGUUUUCUUUCUCCGAUAGAUGUGUGCAUCUAGAAGAUAAGCAAAUCAAAACUGUUACAAAAUUAUUUCAAGUGCCAACUGACAGCAUUACAUCAAAUGAAUUCUCGAGUGUUAAAUUAAAAACUAAUGAAACCGAUGUGUCCUUUAGAACUGCAUUUUUAGAAGACAAUGAGGAAGGUGACAUUUGUCUUAUUGCCUACAACAAAUUUCUUUAUAAACUGACGAAAAACGUUAUAAUAUUAAUCUACAACUGUGAUUAUACCAUUACUGGUAUAGUUCCAAUGGAAAAAAAUGGUUUCACCUCUGGCAUUGCACUUUUAACAGUUUCAACGGCUGUGAUUUUUAUUUAUUUCGAGGAAGAGGAAUUAAAAUAUGAUAAAAUUUACCUUAAUUAUGAUAGCAGCAGAAUAAUAGCAUUCAGUGCAAAAUUCGAGGAUGAUUCAGAUCAUAUUUUAUUUAUCUAUUCCACCAAGUCAAAAACGUACCAGUGUAGAAAGAAAUUGAGCUUUAAAUCUGUUCAAACUAUUCAUGAAGAUGAUCGAGUUUACGUCGCUUUGAAAUUUUAUUGUAAAUCAAAUUUUGCCUUAGGUUUAACUUCAUUUAAUGAAUUGUGCAGGAUUCGUUUGAGAAAGGCUUUCGAAAGUAUUUCGGAACAGGAUAACGAUUUUGUUGAUAUGAAACUCGAUAUGAUGCAGGGUACAGAAAUAAUUGUUGAUAAAAUUUGUGAGAAGGCAAAAGAACUUCAACAUUUGAAUGACAUGUUACAAGAGAAAAAGGAUAUUUUAAAAAGAAUCAACAUGUUUGCAUAUGAAAAGCAUGAAAAGUAUUGUCCAAUGAUGAAUAUUAAAAAAUUAUCAAAUAAAACAUAUUUAGAAGCUAGAUUCCGUGAUGUUUUGCCUGUAAAUUCGCAAGUUGUUUUAGCCGCCAAUUGCGGUGAUCGAACAACAUUUUGCAUCAAGAAUGUCAUCAGUUCGGAGACACAAAUUAAUUUACCCUUAACAAGUGUAUUAAAAACAGUUGAUGUUAAUGUUGAAUUAAUUACUUAUAAUCCAAAGGAAGAAGCUGUUUGCUUAAUCAAAGAUUUUAUCAAAGAUCCCGAUAGAACCGAUCAAGGAAAUUUAUCACCGCAGAAGGAAAAUUUUAUCAAGCUCAAAAUAAGAGCACUUGAAAAUCUCAUAAACGAGGGAAAAUUUACAAUGGAACUAUUGUCAGAAAUGAAGAAUAAUAUACGUGCCGAGAUGCAAAAUACUCACUGAAAAUUUCCCAUUUAUGUAUUGAAGUUUAUUUUAUAUACUAAAAUUAAUUUAAGUCUAGUUUAAUAUGAAAUGUAUUUUUGCACUUAUAAUUUAUUGUUUUGUCCUAAGUUUAUAGAAAAUAAAAAUAAAAUUAUUUUCUUUA